AACAAAAAGUACAAAAUUAAAAUAAGGUUUACUUUGUAAAUUGUAGUUCUUUUCACGCUGCAUCUUGUGGUAUAUUUUGUUUUUUUAAAACAACGCAUUAAGUGAUGCGAAAAUGAAAUAGGAAAAGGCCAUUUUUUUGUCCGCGAGAAAGUAAAACUCAAAUAUCAUCUACUUUCAUUUUAUUGUUUCCGUUAAACGUAGAAAAAAGUAGUGUUUGCUACGUCCGAUAAAAUAUAUUUCAUUUGCCUUGCUUCUUUCACGUGUACAGCCGAAAUGCCCAUGGCAAUACUGCCACUGUGAUACCAUUAUCAAUACUAUUGCAGCAGUGCGGUGAGACUUCCAGUUGUGAUGGACAUCUCUGCUAUACAACCGAGCACCUGUACAUAAUCAGUCAAUAGAAAGUGUAUUUGUAGAGCAUGAUUAUCUAAUUUGCAUGAAAAAAAAAAAGAUAGUGAUGUAGACCGAGAAUGUCUAUAACUUAUACCCCUAUCAUUCAAUCAAGCUAUUUUGCAACUCUCUGAUAAAAAUUUCAAACAUGAAAAACAUGAAAACUACGUUUGAUAUCAGCAAAACUGUUCAAAUUAUUGAUUGGAACCAAAUCAGACUUCAAUAUAGAACAAAAUACUUUUUGUAUAAUAUAGAUACAUUUGAAAACAUUUUCUGUUGACUUGAAUAAUUCUCGUAUAGUAGUCUUUCGUGUCUUUAAACUAACAUGAAACUGGUCUAUAUACGCCUGCAAAUGAUUACAUAAUAUCAACAAUAGGACAACAAAAACUUCAAAACGUUUUAAUCAUGUUUUCUCUUUGUCUUUAUGAAUCAUUUUUAAUUCAAUUGAGAUAGACCUGUUCUAAUUUAGAAAACUUUCAUUGGUUAUUCGAAAAACUUUUCAGCACUAAAAUUGUAUGAAUUUCAUCUUUACUUAAGAAAAAAAAGAAUUAGUAAAUCAAGUAUAAUUCAUAUCGAUACCAUCAGUAGUUGAGUCUAUGGAUUAACAUAUACAAAUUGGUAUACAUGACAGCUUUCUUGCAAACAAAAAAGUGUUUUCUUUUUUUUAAAGGAAAUUUCAUUUCAUGGUGAAAGAGCAGAAUUAAUUCAUUCAAAUUCUCAACGAGAAAUUGCUAAACGACAAGUAUUCGAUAGUCUAUGGAUUGAAUAUUCAUGGUCAGCAUCAAAUUUUGCAAUAUAUAUACGUAUUAAUCGUGUAAAAAUUGAUAAUCAACUUGAUUAUACAAUAUUUCAUAUUAUGUUUCAUCCAAGUAUUUCAAAAGGAACAGGAUCUGGGGGGGAUUGGCGGAGUGGCAAUAUGUUCGUUUCUCGAGAAUCGGUAUCAUGUUCGAGCCUUCCCCCCUACGGCACCAAGUUUUAAAUAAUUCUGUUCUGCUCUACACGUCUCAAAAACUACUUGUUCGUCGAUGG